UGCUUCUCUUUGAUCCUUCGAAUUUCACUCUUCUGCUGAAAUUCGCCGCCAUCUUCUCUCUCCCGAGCAAAUUGGCAGCUGGGUUUGUCGAUUUCUCUCCAAAUUUACUCCCUUUCAAAUCAAUGUCUUAGCUUCUGUCCGGAUCAAAUUCGUAUCUCCGACGAAGGACACGAUGACGCUCAGAGCUCAGAGUUUCUUGAUUCUUUUCUUCUUCUUCGUCUUUGCCGGAAUCUUACUGGGUUUCUCGUACUCGGCACCGAUGGAUUGUACGGACACCUCCCGUCUCUGUACUUCUUUCAUUGCCUUCAAACCGGACCAGAACCAGUCACUCCCAAUCAUCCAGAGCAUGUUCGACGCCUCGCCGGACGCCCCCCCCGCCGAUGAAGGCGCCGGCCUCGGCGGCUACGUCUACGUGAGGAAGAACUGCUCCUGCCUUCGGACAACCCAUAAAUACGCCACGAACACGACCUUCACCGUGAGACAGAAUCAUGGGUACGUGUACGAUCUGGUUAUGGAUGCGUACUCUGGUUUGGCAUUUCCGCCGAACACUACGAGGGCGGCUCGUCCCGGUGCGGUGGUCUCAGUGCAGCUGCUCUGCGGCUGCUCGAGCGGCCUAUGGAACUACCUGAUGAGUUACGUUGUGUCCGAUGGGGACAGUGUUCAGUCGCUGUCGAGCAGGUUCGGUGUCAGUAUGGACCGGAUCGAGGAGGUGAAUGGGAUCUCGAAUCCUGACAAUAUCACAGUUGGAGAUCUGUUCUACAUUCCUCUUGAUUCUGUUCCUGGAGAGCCCUAUUCAACGGAGAAGGCUAAUCCUGCAGCUCCUGCUCCGGCACCAGGGUCAAACAAUAGCGAUGUUUCAGCUGAUCAGAAGAGUCACAGUGCUAAAGACCAUGUACCGUAUAUAUGGAUUGUCGGCGGACUAGGGGCUGUUCUUGCACUUCUUGUCAUAUGCAUUCUCAUCUGUGUCUGCAUGAGGACAUCCAGUUGCUUCAGGGAUGGUCACUCGAAUGAUGAAGACGAUGAUAAUGGCCGGAAGGUUUCUCACAAAUUCCGAAUUCUUAGGAAGUCGGGUUUCUUUUGUGGGUCUGGUCGGUAUAUGUGUUGUAGAUCUGCCGACAUUAGGCAAACCAAUGGUGAACCUACGAGCCACCAGAUCACUGUUUCGACAGCUCUUGCCCAUGACAUCUUUGAUGUGGACAAGCCUGUUGUUUUCACAUAUGGAGAAAUUCUCGCUGCUACUGAUGAGUUCUCAGAUUCUAAUCUUCUUGGCCAUGGAAACUAUGGGUCAGUUUACUUUGGCAUUUUGCGCGACCAGGAAGUUGCGGUCAAGAGGAUGACUGCUACGAAAACUAAAGAGUUUGGAGCCGAGAUGAAAGUUCUUUGCAAAGUUCAUCAUAGCAAUCUGGUAGAGUUGAUCGGAUAUGCGGCAACCAAUGACGAGCUUUUCGUAGUGUAUGAAUAUGUCCAAAAGGGUAUCCUAAAAAGCCAUUUGCAUGACCCUCAGAGCAAAGGUAACACCCCGCUAUCUUGGAUAAUGAGGGUUCAGAUCGCUCUCGAUGCAGCGAGAGGUUUGGAAUACAUCCAUGAACAUACGAAAACUCAUUAUGUUCACCGAGAUAUCAAGACCAGCAACAUCUUGCUCGAUGAAUCUUUCAGGGCAAAGAUAUCGGACUUUGGCUUGGCAAAGCUUUUGGAUAAACCUGGCGAGGGAGAAACUACGGUUACCAAAGUUGUCGGUACAUAUGGUUACCUUGCACCAGAAUAUCUAAGUGAUGGUCUUGCCACCACGAAGAGCGAUGUCUAUGCCUUUGGUGUGGUCCUUUUCGAAAUUAUUUCCGGGAAAGAGGCUGUUAUAAGAACUGAAGCAGUAGGAACCAAGAACCCAGAGAGGCGUCCAUUGGCAACUAUUAUUCUAACAGCUCUUAGGAGCUCGCCGGAUUCUACGCGCAUGGCAAGUUUGAAGGAAUUCAUCGAUCCAAAUCUGGUGGACUUAUACCCGAAUGACUGUUUGUUCAAGGUGGCUAUGUUGGCGAAGCAGUGUGUGGACGAUGAUCCGAUUUUACGACCGGACAUGAAGCAAGUGGUCAUAUCACUGUCUCAGACACUCUUGUCUUCCAUAGAGUGGGAAGCAACUCUUGCUGGUAACAGCCAAGUCUUCAGCGGUCUUGUCCAAGGAAGAUAGAAAGAAAGAAACCUGAGAACACAGGUCGAAGGCCCGGCAAAUUUUGAGACCCUUUCUGCCGUUUGCCCGCCCGUCCGUUGCGUUGUUAUCGUUGGCUUACGAGGUAUGGUCGGAUACGUAUUUACAGACGGUAUCUAAAUCUUGAAUGUUGUUGAAUCUUGUCUCUAUAUGUUCAUUCUUUUUUUUUUUGGGGGUCGUUGUAUCUGUAUGUUGAAAAUUCUGGGCAUAAAACUACUUCCAUCUUUGAGAGUUGUAGAAGAAAUAUCUCCAUUGAUAAUCA